UUAAUAUGCCUUGUUUGUUUUUUUUAUUUUGGGGCUACACCCAAGCUGUGCUCAGGGAUUACUCCUGAUUCUGUUCAAUCCCUGGAUUGAAUCCGGGUCCAUCCUCGGUUGGUAGCGUGCAAGGCAAAUGCCCUUCCCUUUGUGCUUUUUUCUUUUCUUUGAUUGGGUUAACAUGCUUUAGUUGGAGUGUACCACACACUUGGUUGCAAUGUAAUGGAGAUCACACUUUAUUGUAGCACCAAGGAUCUCACAUGUCAGUGGUGUCAGGAUCACACUCGGCAUGUGAGGUGGUGCUAGGUAUCAAAUUCAAGACCUUAUGUCUGUAAGGUAGGCACCUUUCCACAAAACUGUCCCUGCAUACACACCCAUCCCGUGUCUUCUAAAGUACUGAGAUGUAUUUGUCUUCUAUGUAAAACAAGAGAUGAUAUUUCCCUCUCCACAGAACCUUCUCAAUCAUCAUGGCAGUCAAAUGGACAGGUGGACCUUCGAGUCCUAUUCUCUGCUUAGCUGCAAGCCAAGAAGGGCUGGUAGCUUCUGGAGCUGAAGGUGGCGAUCUCCACUUCUGGAGUGAAGAUGGAACAUCAGUGGGGUACACACACUUCCAAGGGGACAAUGAUGUCACCAGUGUCGUGUUUUCAACCUCCUGUUCCACAAAACUUUAUGCCUCCCAUGGAGAAUCCAUUAGCAUACUGGAUGUCAGGUCCCUCAAAGAUUCUCUAGACCACUUUCAUGUAAAUGAUGAAGAAAUCAAUUGUCUUUCCUUGAACGAAACUGAAAACUUACUGGCUUCUGCUGAUGACUCGGGAGCAAUCAAAAUUCUCAACUUGGAAAAUAAGAAAGUUAGCAGAUCCCUGAAGAGACACUCCAAUAUCUGUUCUUCUGUCGCUUUUCGACCCCAGAGGCCUCAGAGCCUGGUUUCAUGUGGUCUGGAUAUGCAGGUUAUGCUGUGGAAUCUUCAGAAAGCCCGGCCACUCUGGAUUACAAAUUUACAGGAGGAUGAAGCAGAAGAACUGGAGAGCUUACAAUCACCUGGUCAGCUCCUAAACCCUGCUCUCGCCCACUCCGUAUCUGUGGCAUCAUGUGGCAGUGUGUUCAGUUGUGGGGCAGAAGAUGGUAAAGUUCGGGUUUUUAGGGUGCUGGGAAUCAAAUGUGAACGGGAAAUGGGAUUUAAGGCCCAUUCUUUGGGGGUCUCCCAGGUCUCCUUUCUGCCCGAAUCCUACUUGCUACUUACUGGAGGGAAUGAUGGAAAGAUAAUGUUAUGGGAUGUAAGCCAUGGCAUUGAAAAAAAACAGAAGAGUCCUACAAAACAUACCCACAAGAAGAGAAUGAAAAGAGCAAUUUAUAGUGGGCAGAGUGGAAACAAUGAUGCUUCAGCAGCAGUUGAAGAGCCAGGCAAACUUUUCCCCAAGCUAAGAAUUGACCAUGGAGAAAAAGUGAACUGGCUGCUGGGAGCAAAAAUAAAGGGAUGUCAAAAUAUAUUAGUAGCUGAUCAAACUAGUUGUAUAUCUGUAUAUCCCUUAAAUGAACUUUAAAUCCAAUAAAUGGCAUUUUUAAGAUUGGAGCAAAAA